UUUUUUUCUGCUGUUGUCUUUAGGAUUCGGUAGAAUCUUUAGAAUUAAUCCUCGUAUUCGGUGUUCACCUGAAAAAGAACCUGUUUUGAACACUGGUAACGUUGCCUCAUCAUCCCAGCACCUCAAACGCGGUGGGCAGGUUCUGGAGGACCCUACCCGUGCAGGUUGAGAGCUGUUGGGACAGAGAUCAGGGGAGGAAGAGGGGCAGAGCUAAGGAGGAGGGGCAGAGCUCAUCCUCCAGGGCCAGCCCCCCUUCAGGUGCACGACCAAGCCGGUCAGGCUGCCUGUGAUGAAGUCUGAUGAAGUCCCCAACUGGAGCUGACAUUAACCGUCAGCAGAAAACUGUGGAGCAGGAGAAGGAGGGUGAAGAGCAGGCCCUUCUUCGAACGCAGAGCCGCACCGUCCCCUCUGGCCAUCUUCCCCAGUAAGGUCAUCACCAGAUCCCAGCUAUGGCCAGUCGAAGGAAGUCCACGACUCCCUGCAUGAUCCGAGUGAAUGACAUGGUGGAGCAGGACGACCAUGACGAGAUGGAGGUCUCCGCCAACACCAUGGUGGAGAACGGAUCAUCGUCACGGACUCCAGCCAGCGAGGACUGGACUCAAGUGAAGGAUGCGGGGAGCAGCGAAAAGGAAGCAUGCGAACAGGAGAAGCCAGACACGGAAGCGCGGCCAGUACGAAAGCCGCAGGGGGGCUACGAGUGCAAGUACUGCCCCUUUUCCACGCAGAAUCUGAAUGAGUUCAAGGAGCACGUGGACUCCAAUCACCCUAAUGUCAUCCUCAAUCCCCUCUACCUGUGCGCUGUGUGCAAUUUCAACACAAAGAAGUUCGACUCUCUCACGGAACACAACGAGAAGUGUCACCCCGGGGAAAGCAACUUUAAGUUUAAGCGGAUUAAGCUCAACAGCCAGACCAUUCUGGAGCAGACAAUCGAGGGUGCAAACUGUGCGGUCAUCUAUGACGCCACCACUCCACAAGGUGGGGAGGACUUUGCCACCUUCCCUUUGAGCAAGUCGACUACCGUGAAGAUUGGAAAGCCAAAAACAGACAGCAAGCGGAUAUUCCGCAAGGGGGACGAGAUUGAAACUCAGCUAGAUGGCCUCACCCCUGAGCUCCCAAAAAAGCAGAUCACUGCCGUGAAUGUGAACGGGACGGUGAUCAUCCCCGAAGCAACUCUGAAGGAAGGCCUUUCUCACAUAAUGCCAUCACUGCAGCGCCCGCCCAACUUCAACCUUGUACCAAAAAUAGCUGUCCCUCUGAACACCACAAAAUACAAUCCCUCACUUGAUGUAAACAUGACCCUCAUCACAUCCUUUAACAAGUUCCCCUACCCAACCCAAGCUGAGCUCUCCUGGCUGACCGCGGCCUCCAAGCAUCCUGAAGAACAAAUCAAAGUGUGGUUCACUACCCAGAGGUUGAAGCAAGGCAUCAGCUGGUCCCCUGAGGAGGUGGAGGAGGCCCGUAAGAAAAUGUUCAAUGGAACCAUCCAGCCAGUGCAGCCAACGUUCACCGUUUUGCCUGCCCAGUUGACCCAGCCAGCCAAAGCCACCCAGCCCCUUAUCCAGACUGUUCCCUGUCAUGUUCUAGGACAGUCCAGCUUGGUGUUGACACCUGUUGCCAAUGGGUCCCCAGCUACCUGCGCUCCCAUUGCACUGACAGUAGCCAGUCAGGUGGUACAGGCUCUCAAGCGACCCCUGGCAGCCCCAGUGGUGGCCCCUGAAGUGAAGCGGCCCACCAUAAUCCAGUCGGUCCAAACGCCCCCCAAGUCGGCCUCCCCUACACCCAGCUUUGGCCUGGACCGCAAGAAAACCAGAGACCAGGUGAGCGUGCUGAAAGCCAGCUAUAUUCAGAGCCAGUUCCCUGAUGACAAAGAGAUCUACCGUCUCAUCGAAGCUACCGGUCUCUCACGGAGUGAGAUCAAAAAGUGGUUCAGUGACCAGCGCUACCGUAACCAAAAGGGCGUCCUUCAGGUGAACUGUGAGUUUCCACCGAAGGAUGUGCUCCAAAAGCCAGUGCCCACUCAGUUCCCCCUCCUGGAGAGAGUGAAGGGCAAGACCUCAGAGCAGCUGAAAAUGCUGGAGGAGAGCUUUCAGAAGACCAGCUUCCCGACCCAGGCCGAGGUUGACCUCCUCGUGGCCGAAACCCGGCUCUCCAAGAAGGAAAUCGACAGCUGGUUCUCAGAGCGUCGUGCUUUACGGGACAACUUAGAACAAGCCCUGCUGAACUCCAUGGGUUCCAAGAAGGUGGACGAGGAGGAUGAUCAGCAGCAGCAGCAGCAGCAGCGAGGGGCCCUGAAUGGGAUGCAUGAGCAGGAGGGCCCAUCCAGGGCCUCUCCUCUCCCUGUCGUUGCCUCAUCCACUUGCCCUGUGCCUCUUGACAGCAAAUCACUGGAACUUCUCAAAGACGUUUUUGCACAGACUCAGUGGCCUUCGCCGGAAGAAUACAAUCAGCUGGAGAUCCGGACAGGGCUGGCACGCACAGAGAUAGUCCGGUGGUUCAAGGACAACCGGGCGGCCCUGAAGAGUGGAACUCUGGAGUGGAUGGACCAGUUCCAGAGGCUAAGCAACAGCGGGCACAACGGCCAGAGCUCGAUGUCCAGUGCCGAGCGCGCCCAGAACGUCCUCCAGCAGUACUUCCGGGAAGUGAAGAGCUUGAGCGGGGAGGAUGUGGAGAAACUGUCGGAGCGGUCCAAGAUCAGCAGCCAGGAAAUCACGGACUGGUUCGCCAGCAAGCUGAUACAGAAUGCAGCCGAAGUCAGCAAGGGCGAUGAGACACUCGGACAAGCCAGAGAGGAUCUUGGGAGCUGCGGGAAGGAGAGUGAGGAGACAGCCAGUAAGACCAUGGGCCUGGAGCAGGAGCUGGUCUCAAACGCUGACGGAGUGAUGGGGGAAAUCUCUGGAAGGGUGAUGGGAUAAAGCACUCAAGGUGAGAAUGGUGGCUGCUGUCAGUUACGCAGGGGAUGGAAGAGGAGUGAUUCAGCAUUAUCUUACAAGGAGCCGAUCAUUUUGCGCCUGCACGGCGGAAUGAGAGCGUUCCCGAAAACACUGACCAGAAGAGGUGACCGUUGAGUGCCAAAGUUGGACUGGACCUGCUGCAUUAUUACAGAAACUUAUAGAAAAAAGGGCCCUUGUAAAUAUUUUUCUGUACUGCUUACAGAUUUGUACCAUUUUUGGGGAAGGGGGGGAUUUUGUUACAUUUAUAAUUAGAGAAACAUGUCCCUUUAUGUUCUGGUUAGUUCCUACAGUGGAAUGUUCUGCAUUUUGUAACAAGACAGUGAACCACUACAUCCGUUGGCAAUACUCUAUUGAAAAUUACAACACACAAGUUUUCUUUUGUUUGGUCCGAAGAAUGUUUUUCAAAUCCAAGUGUUGACUGUAUUGGGCGGCAGCGGUCCAAAAGCAAGUGACCCACGUGUGAAGACCAGCUUGCUCUUCCACCAAUGACCCAGAUCUUUUGGGGGCGGGUCAGAUCAGCUGACACCAUGGACACACACACCUGCCUGCCACACUGGUGCUUUUUCACCGGGAAACCAGAGUGACGAAACUAGGGGGGACAAUCACACAAAAAUCAACCCCGGGAAACAUGCUGCACGGUGCCGUUUCAUCGUUCUUUUUUUCAGAAAUCUUUUUUUUUCCCGUUUUCCUGACUUAACAGACACAUCAGUACCAGUCUUUCUACGUAUUAAGCUUACUGGGUAUCCUAGUUCUAGUUCCGUUUCAGCUUCAGAUACAAGACCUGCUUUCAGAUAGCUCUUACCGUUUCACUGCUGCUAUACUGUCAUGUUCGGACAUGUAUCAAGAAUACUGUACUGCUUCAGAGGUUCUCCUGCUUGCUUUUUUUUAAGAAAAAAAAAACAGUUGCUGUCUGCUGUAACCCAAUAA